AUUUUCUUUCGUGCACGGCCGUUGAACUUUCCACCCAGUUACCUAUAUUGGAAAGCACGUGCUGUUGGAGAUUUUGGUGGGGAGUAGAAUGCUGGAGAGGGGAUGAAAUGGCUAUGACGUCAAUACUGCGCUGGUUGAACCGUCAUUGACUAUAUUUUUGAAUGUGUCUGAAAAUCGUGGAAAAGCGUCCCUGUUGUAAUACAUGGUGUCCUGUAAUGUGCAGUUACAUGAUCCAGAAACUAAAAUUCAUGGCGUCCUUGGCAAUUACUUGGUGCGCGUGCGUGCACAGGUGAUGUCGAGGGAUGACAGCUCAGGGGGCUGGGUUCCACUGGGAGGUGGGGGUCUGAGUAACGUAUCGGUCAGGAAAAGGCCCCGGCCUUCCCCAUCUUCCGCCCCCGGGCCUGAUCCUUCAAGUAAACAGAAACAUGAUUAUCUGAUUUACGGCAAAAGGAUCAGCGAUCAAUCGAUUGUUUUAAGUUGCACCAUCAAAAAAGACUUUGAAUACAACAAAGUUAUGCCAACUUUUCAUCACUGGAAAACGGGGGACAAAAAAUUUGGACUCACAUUUCAAACGGCUGCCGACGCUCGAGCGUUCGAUAAAGGAGUACGGACUGCCGUCGAGGAACUGCUGGACGGUUUUGCUGAAACUUCUCCUUCAUCACUGCUGCAAAAAUUUCCAAAAGAUGUGGGUGAUGACGAUGUCUUUAUGACCUUGAAUCUUCCACACGAACCCAAAGACUCUCGCAGUUCCAGUGAUUCGAGUUCAAAAGGAACUGAACACUUACAAAGGGUGAACUACAUUGGACGGGACAAACCUCUCGAACCUCGGCAACCCACUUACGAUCCUAUCAAAGGUGAUAAAGGAGAAAACUACUCGUACGUGCAAUUAACAGCGGUUCACGAAUACAUUUAUCCCGUCGUAGAGGAACAACAUAAAAUAUCCAUCGGUAGCCGGGAGUCCGCUUCAAGUCUGAAGAAGUGUAGCCCGGAAUUGGCGCAGCAGCAGCCGCCCCUGCCCCUCAAAGCCAAACCGAAGAAACCACUAAAGACUCAAAUUCGUUGCAGACAUUGUCACGAAUUGUACUAUGAAGAUAACAAUCCAAAGGGUUCAUGUGAAUACGCGCCAGACUGUAUAAAAUCAUCGAUAAACGCGAUCACCUGCAUCGGAUGUGCCCAGUGCAUUUGUUAUCAUUGUGCGGCAGACGCAGAAGGAGACUUCGCGCAACAUCCUUGUGACUGUACCAACGAAGAGAAUUGUUCAAAAAGAUGGAUUUGUUUGACGGUUUUGUCUAUACUCGUACCGUGUCUGUGGCUUUACCCUCCGUUAAAAAUAUGUCAUUGGUGCGGCAUGAGGUGCGGUUUGUGUGGAGGACGGCAUAGCAUGUGAUCCAAAACACAUUAUAUUUUACGAUAUUAGUUUUACAGUAACCUGCUCUUUAAGCAUACAAAUUUAUUUUUUAUAUGGAAUUUUUUUAUUUAUUUAAUAUCCACAUUUCAUAUUAUAUAGAUUAAAAAUGUCUGUGAUUUAAUAUAAGCAUUUCAUAGUAUUAGAAGAAAUCAUGUUUUAUUUUGCUUGGAUGAGUAUGUUAUUUUACAGUAGCUUUAAAAUUGAUAUCGUAAAGUACGGAGUGACGUUUAAAAGUGCUCAACAAGAAGGUUGUGAACACUGCAUAUGAACAAAGUGUCUACACACUUAAUGUACUGUAACAAGACUGUUCAUUUAUACAUUUUUUAAUUAUUCUGAUUACUCUCUAUUCGACGUUUUUAACCUGAUAUUGUUUAUACUAUAUAAGACCGUGGUUAUUUUGCAUUUAUAUUUGAACCUAAGUUAUGUAUAUUUUUACAACGUUGUUACUAUUCAAUUUCAAUUUACUUUACCCGUUUCCAUGUUGUUUGAGAAUUGUUAAUCGAACUAAACUCCAAUUUGUGUACCCUUUAUAGAUGGUUGAUAUCGAUAUUUUAACAUAAAUGGUACGCCUGAGUACCAUACUGCCCAAAUAUACAGACAAUUUGUAAAUAGUGACAUCAUAGAAAUGACAAUAUAUGAUAAAAAAAGAAAAAACAUGAAAGUCAUGUUGAAACUGAUGGUAGGAUAUAAAAAUAUUUAUCCUGUCAAAUAUCACUAAGAAAAUUAAUGUUUUAUAUCGAAUAGGUAAUUAUACCUUCAACCAAAAAAAAUGAAGAGUAGUACCUAAAACAAGCUUUAAGGAGGUUCACAAAUUUAAAGUUUCUUGUUAAAGCUUGUUUACAAGUUAUUACAAAAUGUUUCUCAUACAUUUUUAUUAAAUUUUAAGAUUUUUUCAAUAAUCUGUAUUAUAUUCAACGUUAAAUGUCUCCAGGGUCAAAAUAUUAUAUAAAAAAGCAAAUCGUUGAAAACUGUCGAAAAAGUUUAUCUCGAUUUGCCUAUUAUAUAAAGAACUAUAUUUAUAGUUAACAACAGUUUUACAAGCAACUUGUGUAUGUAUGUUAUCGAAGUGUAAUUGUUUUCUAUGUAAAAGUGACGUCGCUUAUCCAUGGGCUCAGGGUGAGUGCUGUUCAUUUUUACGAGUGUAAGUAUACUUAAAUACACGUAUUUAUUACAUACUUAAAUUACAUAGAACACACUGUCUUAACUUUGAUAAUUCUUAUUUAUAUUUAUUAUAAAUGAUGCUAUAUUAUUCUUACAUCAAAGAUGAAUAAAUAUUGUUUUUACGAUGUUUCUAAAAUUUGUAGUUGCUCUGUGAAUAUGUUGUUUAUAAAAAGCUGUAAAAUGUCGGAAUCAAUCAAAAUUGAUUGUAAUGUUUUACACAAAUUUCACCUUGUUGUGAAACAUGUAAUCAAGUAUAACUUGGUUACAUAGUUUUAAAUAAUAAAUGUAAUAUUUGUAUAUAUGUUAUAGUAUGAACAUUUGCUUGUAAUGAAACAAAAUGUGUGAAUGAUAUUUUAAAUAUAUAAGAAUAAUAAAUAAAAAUAUGUUACUAA